AUGGAAGGAAUCCGUCAAGAACAGAUAAAUGCUUCUUCAAACCAAGAAGGACCAAUGCACGGGGCGUUUGCAAUUCUAGAAGUGCAUGCUGGAUGGGUGUUUGUUUCCAAAGGGAGUACAACAAACAAAUGGCCUUUGCAGAAACAAUAUAAAUCAUUCACCACAAAUGCGCAUUUGCUAAAAAGGGGCGCCUUUAUUGGGCACACGUACGAAAACACACUGUAUCUUGUAAGGUAUCUAAAGGGAAAGGAAGACCCUCUUGUAGGGACCAUUGAAUCGUACGCACUGUUUGAUGCAUCAAUAUUCUAUAUUGCAGGAAAGACAGUGACAGCCAUAGACAUAAGUACAGGGGAGAAGAAGGUUGUAAUUGAGAACGACGAAAUUAUAGGCACCGCGCAGAUACUUCUAUGCGAGAACACGCUGCUACUUAUAUCCGAGAAAAUAAUACACCGGCUGGAGCUAAACACAAGUGCAUAUACAAAACUACGGCUGCGGGUUACCUUGGACCCAAACACUGCAAAGGUGUCCAAGCUGAAGGGCCAAAUACAGCUAGUAGUAAGCUGCGAAAAAGGAAAUGUAUAUAUAUUUGAGGCGACAAAAAUGGAAAUAGUCCGAAGUAUGAAGUACUUUGGCGCGCCAAUCAGCACAAUUGGAUUUUGGCACCCAGAACCUGCACUUCUCUUUGUUUUAACAACAGCAGGCGAGCUAAUGAACGUGGACUGUCUGAACAACCGAGUGAUAAAAAAGCAUGCCUUCCCAAUAGAUGACUAUAAAAGAGUUGUUCCCUUGAAGGGCAUGGGGAUGGCAUUUAUAUCCUCUAACAAAAUAACCAUGUACUCUCCGUAUACAAACAGCAUUAGAACCAUAUAUAGAAGCCGCGCAAAUGGAAGUGUUUCUUUCAUUUCACUUAUUGUUCUUGAUGACGCGCCUAGAGAGAAGGUUCUUUCCGAGAUGAAGAUGUCUGAGGGCAAAGGAAUGGGCUACAAGGCUGCAGACUAUAUUAUGGCAAACGGCAACUUUCCUACGUUUGAAAAAAAAGGCACACCAGGCGAAAAGGAACCUACCGAGAAGAUACCAGUGGAAAGACCCAUUAGAUUAGAUGUAGAAUAUAGUAAGAAUUGCAAUAUUCACGAUGGCAGCGACGGUAAAAAUGUUUCCGCAAAUGAUAGGUAUCUAGAGUAUGCGCAAGACAUGUUUUACAUGCACAAGUCAUUUGAAAGGUUCAAAGAGUCAGUGCACAAGAUCCAUGCUGAUGUCUUGAAAGAGGUUUUUCAGAUGAAAAAAAGAUUAGAUAAGAUAGAGGAGUCUCUCUUAAAAUGA